AUCUGAAAGUAGCUCUGACGUUUUCUUUCUGUUUCAUGAGCCAUUGCAUUCUUGGGCCUGGUCUGUUUGCUCUAUAAGGGCAGUAGGAGAAAGGGCCCACAUAACGAUCAUGGGCCGUUAUCGUAUUUACUUACGUGAUUUGCCGUGCUCUCCCGUCUUCUCGCGAUGGGGAGCACCGGCGACACGACGAUGGCCGAGGCGGAGGCGCCGGCGCCGGUGGGUGACUACGAGCUGCUGGAGCGCCUGGGGGGGCGUCCCCCGUACACGUCCGUGUGGCGAGCGGUCUCCCGGUCCACCGGCACGCCCGUGGCUGUGAAGCAGGUGCGGCUCACCGGCCUCCCCGCGCGCCUCCGCGACAGCCUCGACUGCGAGGUCCGCUUCCUCGCCGCCGUCAGCCACCCCAACAUCAUCCGCCUCAUCGACGUCGUCCAGACCCAGAGCUGCCUUUACCUCGUCCUGGAGCUCUGCGAGGGCGGGGACCUGGCGGCCUUCAUCCGGCGCAAUGGGAGCGUAGACGAGCGCGUGGCCAGAAAUUUUAUGAAACAGAUCGGAGCUGGCUUACAAGUGCUGCACCGGCACCAUGUCGUCCACCGGGACUUGAAACCUCAGAAUAUCCUGCUCUCUUCUCCGAGAAGCAGCGAUGCGAUCCUCAAGAUAUCUGAUUUUGGUCUUGCAAGGUUUCUUGGACCCGGGGAGUACGCAGACACAUCUUGUGGUUCUUGUUUGUACAUGGCCCCAGAAGUGAUGCUGUUUCAAAAGUACAAUGACAAGAAGCAACGUGCAGGUGGCUGCCCCUCUUGUCUAUCUGGAAUUCUGAAUUCAACAACACUGAUGGCCGUCUCCCUUCAGCUGCUUCAGUACAUCAACAGAAGCACGUCUCUCCCGUUCUCGGAACCACUGGCGUCUACCUUAGGCCCCGAUUGUGUCGAUAUAUGCACCAGGCUACUAUGCACUAAUCCAGUGAAGCGUCUGUCCUUCCAAGAGUUCUUGGACCACCGCUUCUUCAGAGUAUGAGUGCCCAAGCCAUGGGGACCACCGGGCAGCGACAUGAUCUGAAGAACAUCAAGAAGUUUCUUGUCCUUGGAGUGCUGACUGACUCUGUUAUAAAGCGUUCAGAAAUUGAUGCCCAGUGCUCGUCGUCUUGGUUUUCUGUUCGCGUCCAUUUCCUUCUCCAAAGAGCCAUGUGGCCAACGUUUCAAUCUGUUGUGAUCUGGUCUGUACUGUUUCAAUCUGCUAACAGUAGGAGUUUUAAAGAUAUUUAGUCCAAAACAGAACUCCAUCUUUUAUUCAAAGCGGCAUAAACUAUCCCAUUUUAUUGAGCAAA